AUGUCACUCAGCGCAGCAGCAGCAGCAGCAGCAGCAGCAGCACCAGCCCCAGCAGCAGCAGCAGCAGCAAACCCCCGCAGCGCCCUGGGAGAGGGCCGCAGAGGAAACAGAAGCAGGGCCAGGGGGGGGGGCCCCCGCAGCAGCACGGGGGGCCCCCCCCGCAGCAGCACGGGGGGCCCCCCCCGCAGCAGCACGGGGGGCCCCCGCAGCAGCACGGGGGGCCCCCGGGGGGGUCAGUACCAGUCGGAGCAUUAUUUUGGAGGCCGUGGGCGUGGGGGGCCCCACAGGCAUCGCGACAGACCGCAGCAGCAGCAGCAGCAGCAGCAGCAGCAGCAGCAGCAGCAGCAGCAGCAGCAGCAGCUGCUGCUGCAGCAGCUGGGGGGGCCUGUGAGCGUGGACGCAUGCAAAGUGUUUGUGGAGGCGGCGAUAGCCGCAGGGGCCACGACCCUAGGCCCCCAAGACCAGCAGCAGCAGCAGCAGCAGCAGCAGCAGCAGCAGCAGCAGCAGGGGUUUGCGGUGGUGGAGUGCGUGGUUUGCUGCGAAGAAACGCCGUGUGUUGCUGCUGGCUGCUGCUGCCACUUUUGCUGCUGGCUCUGCGCGCUGCGGCUGCGGCUGGGCCCCCGCAAGGCCCGCAGCUGUCCAUUUUGCUUCAGCAGCAGCCCGCUGCUGCUGCUGCUGUUUACUGGGGAAGCUGCUGCUCGUGCUGCAGUGCCAGGCCCGCUUGCUGCGCUGCUGCAGCCGCCGCAGUACGCUGCAGCAGCAGCAGCAGCACUGCCCCCCCACCUCGUAGCAGCAGCAGCAGGCCUGGCCUUUGCUUCUGCUGCAGUUCGGAGACACGUGGAGGCGCUGCUGCAGCUGCGCUGCUGGCAGCAGCCCUGCAGAGACAGCUGGCUGUUUUCUUACGUCUUUGCUGCUGACCUGCAGCAGCAGCAGCAGCAGAUGCUGCUGGCCCUUGCUGCUGCAGCAGAAGCCAAGCAGCACGCCCACAGCAGCAGCAGCAGCAGCAGCAGCAGCAGCAGCAGCGGGGACUUUUUGGAGUUCACGGGGCCCGCCGACGAGCAGCAAGUGUUCGGGUCUUUGUCUCAGCUGUCUGUACACCUCAACAAGCAGCACGCGCUGCAGCUUUGCUGCGUCUGCUUGUGGGGCAGCAACGGGCAGCUGCUGCCGCAGCAGCAGCUGCUGCCGCAGGCCCUGUACCGCGUGCACAUGCAGCAGCAGCAGCAGCAGCAGCAGCAGCAGCAGGUCGGGGGGGGGCGCGGCGCGGACCCCGCAGCAGCAGCAGCAGCAGCAGCAGCAGCAGCAGCAGCAGCAGCAGCAGCUGGGGUGUCUGUACACCCCAAGUGCAGCGUCUGCGGUGAACGUACACUCGACGGAGACGCGCUGCUGCUGCACUUCAGAGACUGCCACUUUUCUUGUCCUUUGUGUGAACAAGACUUCCACCGUGCUGCUGCUGCUGCUGCUGCUGCAGCAGAACGCACUGCAGCAGAGCCCCCCCCCUCCGCAGAAAUCGUCCCC